UUCAGUUCUGCCAUAAGAGAUUGUCGUCCUUUCUCCUUUACCGCCCAUAAACCGAGGCCAAGGCCAUGUGGCCAUACUUUCUACCGGUGACGUGCCAUAAUCUAAAAUUUUGUUGAUAUUGUACAAUUUCUAAUCAAAUUGUAAGUUUGAUUGUCCCCUACUACUCUUUGUUGUCUCCUCUGGACUACUUUACUCUUUGCUAUAUACACCAUCAUACCAUAUUUUUGAACGAAUAUGUCAGGAUUGUCAAGUCAAGUGUAAUUAGUGCAACUCCCUGAUCAAGUUCGCCGAGGACCCUAGGACCCGUCCAAGCCUCGACCUCGAACUUCGAUGGUUCGAUUGUCCAAUAUCGUGUUAAAUGAUCUGCUUAGUAUUUCUAUAAAACAUGAGUGCUCACAGUAGAGCUUCAAACGCCUUUUGUGCGACAUGUCUAAGCCAGGAUAGACAAAUGUUUACGCUACCGUUGCAACACAUCAAACCCGUUUCAAUGUUUUAUAAAGAUUUGACGCUGACGGAAAAUGACAAGAUUUGCUGGGAGUGCAAGCAUUUUGUUGUGAAAAUGGUGAACUUUAAAGAUAGAGCCUUAAUAGCACAAAGCACUCUUGCUGCUAUGUUAAAUAAACAACCAACCUCUCUCCAAAGUCUAUCCAAGCUUACAAUAUCCAAUCGCAGCUACAUGGAAAUAACAAACCCACCCAAAAAAACAGAACUUACAGAAACAAACCUAGAUCCCCUUCUUAUAGAGAGAAUAAAAUCUGAGCCCGACUCGGAUUGUGGUGCACUAAGUGAAUGGAACAUGGAACUUGAAUCUAUGGAAACUGGCAAUGGUGAUGGGAAAGUCACAUUUGAGGUGACACAUGAAGUUAAUAAACCAACUGAAAGGCUUUUGAUUAAACUUGAACCUCUACCCGAUAGACAUGAAACCGCUGGAGUUUCUGACGCUAUUGUGUCACAAAAGGAACCCGUACCUGGAAGACAUGAAAUCGUUGGAGUUUGGGAAACUAUGUUAAAUCAUAAAUCUGUACCUCAAAGACAUGAAAACGCUGGAGUUUGUGACGCUAGUGUGUCCCAAAAGGAACCUGUACCGCGAAGACAUGAUAACGCUGGAGUUUCUGACGCUAGUGUUUCACAAAAGGAACCUGUACCUCGAAGACAUGAUAACACUGGAGUUUCUGACGCUAGUGUUUCACAAAAGGAACCUGUAACUCGAAGACAUGAAAUCCUUGGAGUUCUGGAAUCUAUGUUAAAUCAUAAAUCUGUACCUCAAAGACAUGAAAAUGCUGGAGUUUGGAGUGGUGUUGGAUUUGCGGACGCAACGCUAAUGUCACUCUUGAAUAGGAAGCACGUUUCAUACCCACCACCAAUAAGCGUGGAACCCCAACGAAAACUACCAAUGAUGGAAGUUCCUACGCUGAGAAUCCUACCAAAAAACCCUACGUCUGAGAAAGAUGUAGAAAAACACGCACUUGGAGAGACCUCGGAACAAGUAUCCGAUCCAUCAGCCCCUAGUUUUACAGAAGAGAGAUUGACAGAAGAGGAGAGACAGAGAUGGUGGGAGAGUAAAAGAGAUAAAGAGUUUUAUGCAAACAGUAUAGAAGUGUUUAAAUGUGCGAAAUGUGUGGAGCCGUUUUUCACAAGGAGGACGUUUUUGGGGCAUGAGAAGAUGCAUACUGAGAUGUAUGGCAAGAUGUCCUGCGACAUUUGCGAGCUGAGGUUCCACACCGAGCAAGCCCUGGCGACGCAUAAGGACACCCAUUAUAGACUGCUGAAGUGUACCCGAUGUGCCCACUCGUGGGACACGCCUAACUCCAUGCGUCGACACUGCGAUACUGAGCAUUCCGUACCUGUUACCCUCUGGAACUGCGACAUCUGUUCUCGCGAGUUCACUCGCUACGGGAAAUACUUGAAUCACAUCCGUGGUCACGGCUGCGAGGAAUGUCCUCAAUGCGGGAAGAAGAUCUUCGACAACCGCUUGAAGUACCACAUGCUCACACAUAAGAAUAUGGAGCGCCUGUUCAAGUGCUCCGAGUGUGGCAAGAGUUUCAAGUGUAAGCCAACCCUGACCACGCACGUCGCUCGAGUCCAUUCUAGUAAGGAUGAAGUGAUGUAUUGCGCGCAAUGUAACAAGCAUUUCAAAAACGCGUACUCGUACAACAGCCACAUGAAGUACUCCGGCGAACACGUGUCCAGCGAAACGCUCACGCAUAACUGCACGGAGUGCAGUCGAGUGUUCGCGACCGGGAGCCUGCUGCGAAAGCACACGGAGAGCGUGCACAGCGACGAACGGAAAUACGAGUGCCCGGUGUGUCACAUGAUGUUCAAGUCGUCGACGAACCGGACGCGGCACCGGCGACUAGCGCACGACAACUACGUCGCGCCCAAAGACAAGAUGUGCGACCACUGCGGGAAGGCCUUCAAGUCAAAAAACAUGCUCGCGGACCACAUCAACACACACACAGGCGCGCGUCCGUUCGUGUGCACGCUGUGCGGCGCGGACUUCGGGCACAAGAGCGCCCUCUACCUGCACGGCCGGUACAAGCACAAGAUACCGAAGAAAAAUAAGAGGAUCACUAUUAGGAAAGUUAAAGUGGAAACUGAAGAGAAGACUGAUAGUAGUUAAGUGUUUUUGGACAGUGUAUCUAUGUAAUAAAUAGGCUAGAUGACAUUUUUAGGGUUCCGUAGUCAACUAGGAACCCUUAUAGUUUCGCCAUGUCCGUCUGUCUGUCUGUCCGAGGCUUUGCUCCGUGGUCGUUAGUGCUAGAAAGGUGAAAUUUGGCAUGGAUAUAUAAAUCAGUAAAACCGACAGUCGUACAAUAAAAUCUAAAAAAAUAUUUUUUUUUAGGGUACCUCCCCUACACGUAAAGUGGGGGUGAAAUUUUUUUUUCGCUUCAACCCUAGAGUGUGGGGUAUCGUUGGAAAGGUCUUUCAAAACUAAUAGGGGUUUUUAAGAAACAUUUUUUGAUAAAGUGAAUAUAUUCGGAAAUAAUCGUUCUGAAAGAAAAAUAAAAUUGUGUCCCCCCCCUCUAACUUUUGAACCGUAGGUCCAAAAAAUAUGAAAAAAAUCGUGGAAGUAGAGCUUAAGAGAGACAUUAAAUGAAAACUAUAGCGGACAUGAUCAGUUUAGCUGUUUUUGAGUUAUCGCAAAAAGUUUUCCCUUCACAGUAAAAGGACUUACUUUAAUUAGGUACUGAUUAUGCAAAUUUGCCUAUUUGUUUAACUCGGGUGAAAGGUACCGUUUCAUCCCUUGGUUAACAAUUUACUAUACUUUAAGCUCCAGUUUAGUUUAUUGUGACGGAAGAGUAACUACGGAACCCUACACUGAGCGUGGCCCGACAUGCUCUUGGCCGGUUUUUAUUUAUUAAUGGUAUCAAUCGUUCAGGUUCGUUUUUAGCAUCAAAUGUCUAUAUGGGACCCAGUGCAUUAAAGCAAUACAAAAGUCAGAAAUGAUAGUCAAAAUCCGACAGUCGUACUUCACUCGCGAAACGCUCCCAACAAAACGAUAAGCAAACGUGACGUCACGGUCUCCGAGAGCCCAUCUUGAAGUAUGAUAAACAUUAAAAUUGCGAUUUUGUCGGUGAAAUAUUGCGUUUAUGUAUGUAUUUGCUAUACAAUAUUUUUUUUGGAUAAAAUGUAAGGAUUCGAAUGGUACCCUUACUUUAUUCCUUUUCGGAAAUAAAAAAACCUUUAAUUUUGGAACUUUCAGGUCCUAUAUUUUUUUAUCAUUUCCAUGUAUUAUUUUAAUAACCACAUUAUUGCGAUAAAUUGCUCAUUUGCUAUCUAUUUUACUGGAUUUUGUUAUAAAAUUCGACAUGUGUCAUCCCUAUUGUCAGAAACAACCGAAUAAAGUGACACAAUGAUAGUUUCGUAACCCUUCAAAAAAGCGUACUCCCAUCUUAAAGGCCGGACACGAACUUACAACCCAUCUGGUGUUGCGGGUGUCCAUGGGCGGCGGUUAUCGCUUAUCAUCAGGUGAUCCGUCUGCUCGUUUAACUCCUAUAUUACUAUAUUUGCUACUUUUCAUUAUCUAAAUUAUUUUAUAGUACCUUAUUUAGACGCCGAAAAACAAAGGGUUGCAGGUUAAAUAUAGAUGGCCGAGCGUAGCGAGGCUGGAUAGGGAUAC